CGUUUAUACUGUCAGCUUACGUUGAAGCGUUAUUCUUCGGAAUCCUCGAUGAAAAAUUUAAAUAGUGAUCGUUUAAGUUAUGAAGCGAGAGGCAAGCUACGUUUAUAAAAUGCUCAAAGUUUUUCGUUUCUUUCGCCGAGGACAUCGCUCUGUCGAUAUGAGUGGAACGGAGGUGGACAAAGAGGCAACCUUUUGGUCAAAGAGAGGACGCCAGAGAAGAAAGCAACUCGAAAGCGAGUCGCGAAAAGCGAAAUAUUUGGUCAACGCAAAGUCACUCGAUGAAGGCACAGAAAUUUGUACUGGUAAAAAUGAUAUUCCUACAGAAGGAAAGCCGGCAUCACAUGACAAAUCUUUUAAAGCUAUGUCCAUGGAAAGCUUAACACUACGAAAGAGAGAGCGAUCAUGUUCUCGGCCGUCGCCUAUGAAUUCUGCUGAUUUCUGGUUGCGGCACUUCGACGGUGAAAAUUCAGUCUCGUGGAGAACUUUCCGAGCUGCUUUUCUGGAGGACUACGGAUCUGUAAUACAAGAAUUUGCUCCUAAUAGAAUGCACUGGAUCUUAACAAUUGUGCACACGGAUAUUUUUGGCGCGGCAGAAGACAUUCAUAAAUUGUAUUAUGAGAAAUUUUGCGGAAAAUCCGAAAAUCCGGAUCGCAUUUGGAUAAAGGUCAAGGAGUACGCCUCAGAGAGGAUUUUUCGAGAGGGCGUCAUUGAAUCCAUGUUUGAGUAGACUAACAUAAUUAAGUAACGGCGAGAAGAAAGUGAAAAAAGGGCAGACAACAAAUGAAAUAAACUGGAACCCAGGCGCCUAUCGUAUCAUUACCAUCGAUUCUUAUGACGCAGAUGUCCACUUUGCAUCAUAUCAAUUAAGUUCAUUUACAACAUGAUAUUAUCAUCUCCAAAAAUAUCAUCAAGAUCAAUCAUGAUUCUAUUAGUUUGUGUCUGCACCUCUAUUAAGUCCUGUGUUUUAUAGCCAAAUGCCAAUAUCUUGUUGAAAUCAUCUUCAGCCUGAGUUUCAAAACCACGCGGAUUUAUGGGCAGUGUCAGGAAUCUGAGCCAUGGUGAAAAAACACAUUUUAUGCGUCAUUUCCAAAAUCAAAAGCUAGAUUUUGGCAAUUAAUUUUGCAUUAGAGCACGACAAAUAUUCCCUUAAGAGAGAAAAAACUUUCCACCAGUUCACCGACUCAAAGGUGAACCAAUAUUGUAGCGGACCAAAAAGUCGCCUUAUUUUUGACAAAACAGUGUCAAAAAAUUGUCAUAGGCAGAAAAUUUGAGUUCUUAUGAUGAAAGUUCUCUCCUUGCUUUGUGUAAAAAAAGUGGAACUUGAGGAUGUUUCGUUUCACUGCCGGGGUAUUAUUCCUACCACUGGUGAUUUUCGCGUUCUUCUAAAAAUCUCUCAAAGCAUGAUAUGUUCAAUUAUUAUUGCGCUCCACGGUUGAGUUUUUGCCUCAUAUUACGACGAUGGAAGGGAUGAUUAGCUUAUAGUACUUGUGUAAUCACAUCUGAACAAACCAAUCGGCUUAUACAAGCGCUAUUCACUCGCUUGGUAUGUUGUGAUACUUGUAAGAGGAAUGAAAAAAUUUGUUUAACGGAUAAUUCAUAUUAAUGGCUGUAUUAUGUUGAUAACCUUUCUGUUCCAUUGCUGGUAUGCAUGAUUAAAAGGCUUUGACUGAUCAGGAGCGUUAUCUGUUAUAAAAAUUUUCAAUUAAGUGUCGAAAAUAAUACAGAAUUGCUUUGUUUUAAUUUACUUCGCACUGAGAUUAGUCCAGUCCACUCUCAACCAAUCAGAUGCAAAACUGAAACCAAUCACCAGUUGGUCGGCCGCUUUUUCCCGCGCUUUGGGCAGUUUGGUCAGUUUUACUUUGAGUUCUCACUAGCUCUUUAGGGUAUUUCCUUUGUGAAAUCGAUACAUAUUUUAUAGAUCAAAAAUUUUCAACUUCUUGAUUACAGGUUCAGUAUGAGCGUUAAAAGUACUUCUUGAUAGCAUUUGGACAGCAUUUGAGAUCAUGUUUUUCAUAUCACUACCGUUGUAUUUAAAAA